AUGGAAUCCUCUGUGGGCCACAGAUUUCUCAUCUUACAUGUCGCAACAAUCGUGCUAUUCGUUUCUGGGGCCAGUGCCAUCGACAUUUAUCAUGAAUGGAACGUCUCUUUCGAUUGGACCAUCACACCUGUUAAUGACCUGCAACCGGUGAUCACGAUCAAUGGAAUGUUCCCCGGACCACUCAUCAAUGCCACAACCAACGAUGUCGUCCAUGUUAACAUCUUCAAUAACCUCGACGAGCCCCUCCUCAUGACAUGGAAUGGGAUACAACAGAGGCUAAACUCAUGGCAAGAUGGAGUGUCGGGGACCAACUGUCCGAUAAAACCGGGGACGAAUUGGACGUAUGAAUUCCAGACCAAGGACCAAAUAGGCAGCUUCUUCUACUUCCCCACCACAGCAUUCCACAAGGUUGCUGGAGGGUACGGCCCUCUCCGAGUCAAUAACCGCAAUGUCAUCCUCAUCCCUUUUCCAAAACCUGAAGCUGAGUUCGACGUCCUUGUUGGAGAUUGGUAUUUCUACCCUUUGGAGCUUACAAGGCGGAUAAUAGAGGCUGAUUCGGGGGGCAAUCAGUUUCCUCAAUAUAUUCUCAUUAAUGGAAAGGCCGCGUACAACAACUCAUGGGCACGAAGCUACGAAUCCUUCACCGUUACACAAGGGAAGACUUAUCGGUUGAGGAUAUCCAACGUGGGGAGUUCACAAAGUAUCAAUUUCAGGAUUCAAAACCAUCAGAUGGUGUUGGUUGAAACUGAGGGAUCAUACACGAACCAGAUCACGUUAGAUUCGUUAGAUGUACAUGUGGGUCAGUCCUAUUCGGUCCUCGUCACCGCCAACCAGAGCGACGCUGAUUAUUACAUCGUAGCAAGUCCCACACAAGUGAAUCCUUCAGUCUCUCCAACGGCAGGGGGUGUAGCAGUGCUACACUAUGAAAACUCCAACACUCCAGCAAGUGGGCCUCUACCAGCGGGACCUGAUGAGUCGGACCCUGAGUUCUCAGUAAAUCAAGCCAGGUCCAUCAGGUGGAACAUGUCAGCCGGAGCAGCUAGACCUAAUCGACAGGGAGCAUUCAAUGUAACCAACGUCACCAUUUCUCAAACCUUCGUCCUACACGGUUCAACGGCGAAGAUAAACUCCUUUCACCGCUACACAGUCAACAAUGUGACUUACGUGACACCCGAAACCCCCUUGAAACUUGCCGAUUACUACAUGAACGGAACGAAUGUGUACCAACUCGAUGCAUUCCCCACCAAUUCCAUCAACAAGGAAGCGGCCAACCUCACUUCCGUCGUCACCGGAAUUCACAAGGGCUGGAUUGAGAUCGUCUUUAAGAACGAUCUCCGUGUUAUGGAUGCUUGGCAUCUUGACGGUUACAGCUUCUACACAGUCGGGUAUGGUAAUGGUGAAUGGACUCCGGCCUUGCGUGAAACUUACAAUCUUUUGGAUCCAGUGGUCCGCUCCACUGUUCAGGUGUACCCAGGCGGAUGGAGUGCAGUGUACGCAUUCCUUGAUAAUCCAGGGAUGUGGAACCUACGGUCACAACGCCUCCAAAAUUGGUAUUUGGGCCAAGAGCUCUACGUGAGGGUCCACGACGACGAUCCCAACCCUGCGAAAGAACGCCCUCCGCCCCGGAAUCUUCUUUUAUGCGGUUUGCAGAAUGUAGCAAGCAUUUCAAAAUGCAAUUCUUCAAAAAUCCACUUUGAAAUAUGGAUCGUUGGCAUUCCAUGGCCGUUCAUUGGAUCUCCGGCUGCUGCCCCGGCCCCACAAGUUUCAUGGUGA